AUGUCGGAAGAAACGAACGGUGAAACCUUCGCGUUUCAGGCGGAGAUCGCCCAGCUGAUGAGUCUUAUCAUCAACACGUUUUAUAGUAAUAAGGAGAUUUUUCUUCGUGAACUGAUUUCAAACUCUUCGGAUGCACUCGAUAAAAUCCGGUAUCAAGCGCUUACCGAACCGGCCGAGUUGGAGACUGGAAAAGAAUUGUACAUCAAGAUUACUCCGAAUAAGGCUGACAAGACACUGACUAUCAUGGACACGGGGAUUGGUAUGACCAAAGCGGAUCUGGUUAAUAAUUUGGGCACGAUCGCUAAAUCUGGCACUAAAGCGUUCAUGGAAGCUCUCCAGGCGGGUGCUGACAUCUCCAUGAUUGGGCAGUUCGGUGUUGGCUUUUAUUCCGCGUUUUUGGUCGCAGAUAAAGUUGUUGUAGCUUCCAAGCACAAUGAUGACGACUGCUACCAAUGGGAGUCGUCUGCCGGAGGUUCGUUUAUCAUUCGACAGACGAAUGAUCCGGAGCUUACUCGUGGCACCAAAAUCACACUGUAUAUUAAGGAGGAUCAGACAGACUAUCUCGAGGAGCGUCGCAUCAAAGAGAUUGUAAAGAAGCAUUCGCAAUUUAUUGGGUACCCGAUAAAGCUUACUGUGGAGAAAGAGCGUGACAAAGAAGUUUCUGAUGAUGAAGCGGAGGAAGAAAAAGACGGAGAUAAGGAAAAGAAAGAAGGUGAAAUUGAGGAUGUCGGGGAGGAUGAGGAUGAAGAUAAGAAGGAGAAAGGCAAGAAGAAAAAGAAGAUCAAGGAGAAGUACCAUGAAGACGAGGAACUAAAUAAGACAAAGCCUAUUUGGACUCGAAGUCCUGACGACAUAAGCAAUGAGGAGUAUGCGGAAUUCUACAAGUCACUAUCGAAUGAUUGGGAAGAUCACCUCGCAGUCAAGCAUUUUUCAGUUGAAGGACAGCUUGAAUUUCGUGCCUUGUUAUUUGUACCGCAACGUGCACCAUUUGAUUUGUUCGAGAAUAAAAAAACGAAGAAUGCUAUUAAGCUAUAUGUUCGCCGCGUAUUCAUAAUGGAAAACUGCGACGAGUUGAUGCCGGAAUACUUGAACUUUAUCAAGGGUGUCGUAGAUAGCGAAGACUUGCCGUUGAACAUCUCUCGUGAAAUGCUGCAGCAGUCGAAGAUAUUGAAAGUCAUCCGUAAGAAUCUUGUCAAGAAGUGUCUGGAGCUGUUCGAUGAAAUUGCGGAAGACAAGGAUAACUUCAAGAAAUUCUAUGAACAGUUUUCGAAGAAUAUAAAGCUUGGUAUCCAUGAGGAUUCUACAAAUCGUAAAAAGCUGUCGGAAUUCUUACGAUUCUAUACAUCAGCAUCUAGCGAGGAAAUGACUUCAUUAAAAGAUUAUGUCGGCCGUAUGAAGGAGAACCAAAAGCAAAUCUAUUUUAUUACUGGCGAAUCCAGAGAAGCUGUCGCCAGUUCUGCGUUUGUGGAACGUGUCAAGAGACGUGGUUUCGAGGUAGUUUAUAUGACUGAUCCGAUAGAUGAGUAUUGUGUGCAACAACUGAAGGAAUAUGAUGGGAACAAGUUGGUCUCAGUCACCAAGGAAGGCCUUGAAUUGCCUGAAAGUGAGGAGGAAAAGAAGAAAUUCGAAGAAGACAAAGUUAAAUUUGAGAAUCUGUGCAAAGUCAUGAAGGACAUUUUGGAGAAAAAGGUUGAGAAAGUUGCUGUAUCUAAUCGAUUGGUCUCAUCACCGUGUUGCAUUGUUACGUCUGAAUAUGGAUGGUCUGCUAAUAUGGAAAGAAUCAUGAAGGCGCAGGCUCUGCGGGAUUCUUCGACAAUGGGCUAUAUGGCUGCUAAAAAACACCUCGAAAUCAACCCUGAUCAUUCUGUCAUCAAGGCAUUGAGAGAGCGUGUCGAAGCAGAUAAAAACGAUAAGACUGUAAAAGAUUUAGUGGUUUUGCUGUUUGAGACUGCCUUACUCUCUUCUGGCUUUUCGCUUGAUGAUCCGCAACUGCAUGCAUCGAGAAUAUAUCGCAUGAUCAAGCUCGGGCUUGAUAUCACGGAAGAUGAAGAAGAAGCAGUUGCAUCCGUUUCUGGCGAGAAAGAUGAAUGUGUACCAAACUUAGUUGGUGCGGAAGAAGAUGCAUCAAGAAUGGAGGAAGUUGAUUAA